CCACAACCCCAGGUCUCGCGCCCUCAAACGCGCCUCAAGCUCCCAAACUGACCUCCGCAGCACUAACUCCGCAAUGUCCACGCCAGCCGCAAAACGUCGGCGUGUCGACGCCGCCUCCGCCCUCCACAAGCCCUUCAAAUCCCCGUUCCGCACGCCAUUGAAGCCGCAGACCGACUCUCCAGCCAUUGCCAAUCCUACGGAAGACACCACUACACCUACCAGCUCUCUUGCCCGCACCCCAAACCCUCGAAACCCCACCUACACCCCCGCUCGCACCCCCGUCCGCACCUCCAACGCCUUGCGCCCCAACUCCACAAACACGCAGCUGAUCGCUCUCCGCGCCGAGAUCCAAACCCUCACCCAAGCGACCGCUCUCGCGACCUCCUCUACCGAUGCGGACCUCGAGGUCCUGAUUGACCGAUGGCGGACCGCGAGCCGGGCUGCGGCGGAGGAGCUGUUCGCCAAUACUCGAGACCGCGUGAACAGGAUGGGUGGCGUUGGCGCGUGGCGGGACCGGGAGCGAGAUCAGCGGGAUAGGAAUGCGAAGUGGGAGCGGGAAGAGCGUGAGGCGGAGAUGGCGGAGGCGAAGGAGAGGUUGAGGGCUGCGCGGGAGGAGGAGGGUGGUGGUGGGAGUGGAGAGCGAGAGGAAAGGGAAUAUGAGGAGGCUGAGAGGGAGGAUGAGGGUGGGGAGGAGGAGCAAAGGGAGGCAGUAAGGGACGAGGGGCCGGACGAUGAUUCGUUCACGAUGGAUAUGAUGCUCAAGACUCUGAAUAUCGACCUUGAGGUUAUCGGGUACGAUAGGGUUGGGCAGAGGUGGGUAGGGUGAAGCACGGAGCGAGACGGAGAGUCAUGAUCCAAGGAGCUGGGAAGAUAAAACCGCGCAACGAGGCUGAAUCUGCCAGAGGAGGUGGUCGCUGUGAUUGCUACUGCAGCUAGUCGAGGGUCUCCGGAGCGUAUGCACUGAACGCAGAAGCUUCCGCACUGGAGCUUGAUAUUGGGUUUGCAAGGUACGUCCGUGGCGAACCUCGCUAUUUCGCAGACCUUUGAUGUUGACGUUCGAUCGUAGAUUGUAAUUCAGGUCGAUAGAGCAAAGCUAGUGACUUAGUCUACAGCGU